AUGGCAAAAGAAAGUUCAUGUAUUGUUAAAGAAGCACAAGAGGCUGCCACAGAGUAUAACAACGCAAUUGAGAAAGGUCAUGGUGCUUUUUUAUUGGAAGAACACCAUGCUGAUAUAUUCGAAUGUUCUGUUGAAAAUAUUUUACCUAGACAAACAGUUCACCAAAAAUAUGAUAUCAAACGUAACAUACCAUAUCAAGAAUAUAGUUAUGUUCCUGAGUUUACAAAAUACGAAUUGUCAUUAUUAAUAGAGUGUAAAAUGACUUCAGUCAUAACGAAUAUUGAAUCACCUUCACAUCUUAUUUCUUGUGAAAUAAAUAUUAAUGAAAAUCCAAAAGUUUCAAGGAUUACAUUAGGGGGACAAAUAAGAUCAAUAGAUGGUUUGCUAAUACAAAAAGCAUCAUCAGCGCUUGAAUUAUUUAUACGAUCUCUUCUAGAAGAUUGUUAUUUCAAUAUCGUUCUAUUUAGUGAUCAAUUUGAUCCUCUUUUUAAACAGAGUGAACCAAAUUCUUCAGCUUCAUUAUUAACAGCACUUUUGCUUGCUCGUAAUAUGAUAACAAAUUAUGGGUUGAUUAGGAAUAAUGUUAAAAAAUAUGAAGAUAAAUUACAUUUAUUUGCUUUGAGAGUUAGUAAUAAUAUUUCUUCAAAUUUGAUAGAGACUGUAGCUCGUAAUGAAGAUAAUUUUAAAGAUUCUGAUCAUCAAAAUAAAGAUAAACCAAUUAUCAGUUUUUUCAGUGAAGAAGAAAUGUUUUUAUCAAAACAAUCUUCAAGUAAUGAUUUCGUUGAUAAUCUUGCUAUUCGUCAAGUUUCUUAUGAAAUAUCUCAAAUUUAUUCUGAAGUUAGACUUAUUGUUUAUUGUAUGUUGAUUAAAGCAAUUGAUGAAUAUGAAGAUAUGGAUAAAGCAAAUGAAAAGAUCAAAAAAUUAUGUGAUUCAAAAAAUCCUUUAGGGGAAUUUCCAUUAAAUAAUCUUUCAGUUUUUGGUACAAACAUUAAUAAUAUGUCAGUAUAA